UAUCUCUCCGACUCCCCAGCCCUUCCUCACUUCCUCCCCCAAUUGACUGCCCACUCCCCCCAUUACUCCAAGCAUAAUAAUAAUAAUAUAUAUCAUCAUGUUCGCCCGCCAGUGCUCCCGUCUGGUCUCCUCUCGCACCGCCAUCCCCCUAACCUCGUACCUUGCCCGCGGACGUCCGUUCUCCGCAACCGCAACCUCGGCAUACGAGCACAUCCUCACCUCGACUCCCAAGCCAGGCGUAGGACUAAUCACUCUCAACCGUCCCAAGGCCUUAAACGCGCUCUCCAGCCCCCUCUUCGAAGAGCUCAACGAUGCCCUAACCACCUACGACACCGACAAAGACAUCGGCGCAAUCAUCAUCACCGGCAGCGAGAAAGCCUUCGCAGCCGGCGCCGACAUCAAAGAAAUGGCCCCUCUCACCUUCUCAACCGCCUACAGCAACAACUUCAUCGCGCCCUGGUCCCACCUCGCCAACACGAUCCGCAAGCCCGUCAUCGCCGCUGUCUCAGGCUACGCUCUGGGCGGUGGCUGCGAACUCGCCCUCAUGUGCGACAUCAUCUACUGCACUGCGACCGCCACUUUUGGACAGCCUGAGAUCAAGCUGGGAGUUAUCCCCGGGGCGGGCGGGUCACAGCGUCUGACCAAGGCCGUGGGGAAGAGUAAGGCGAUGGAGCUGAUUCUGACAGGGCAGAACUUUAGCGGAAAGGAGGCGGGCGAGUGGGGGGUUGCAGCGGGGGUGGUGGAGGGAGGGAAGGACGAGGUGCUGGAAAAGGCGGUUCAGACGGCCGAGAAAAUUGCGAGUUAUUCGAGGGUUGCGGUGGUCGCGGGCAAGGAGGUCGUGAAUAAGAGCUAUGAGAUUGGGUUGAAGGAGGGCGUCGAGUUUGAGAGGAGGCUGUUCCAUGGGCUGUUUGGGAGCAAGGAUCAGAAGAUUGGGAUGACGGCGUUUGCAGAGAAGAAAAAGCCCGAGUGGUCGAAUGAGUAGAUGCCCUUGGAGGGCUGGGAGGGUGUAAUGCUGGAUGGACCUGGAAGUGAUGGUUCGUUUGUCAGCAUCAAAAGGAUUGUGCAGCGCCUACCUAUCAGCAGUGUCCCUAGAAUGAAAACGGAUCGAUCAUUAAUCGUCUCAUAUUCAUGAUUAGUGGUGUCUAUGUACAUUAAGAUAUUAAAUUAUUACAAGAAAG